UUAGCUUGUGCGGUGCAGAGUAGCGCUCAGCUGACUGGAGUUAGCUUCCUGCUGCUUUUGUUGUUGUUUUCAGGCUUAGUCUGUGAUGCAGUAGACAGUUUGACGUGGACUGAAACAUGGAGCGGUACGGGUCGGACACGGAGGGGGACGAUACACCGCUGCUUCACCGAGGACACGACGACAAAGCCCAGAAAGCCCCAGCUUGCUGUUCAUCACGCUAUGGCCUGGCACUGCUCUCCUCUUUUGGCUUCUUCGUGGUCUACUCCUUGCGGGUGAACCUCAGUGUGGCCAUGGUGGACAUGGUCAACAACACCCACCAAUCCAGCGCCAACCACAGCUCAGUGUGUCCUGGUCAUACCGACCCUGCACGGCCCAAACACAACCGUACGGCCAGUGUGUACAACUGGGACUCUGAGACACAGGGCUGGAUCCUGGGCUCCUUCUUCUACGGCUACAUCCUGACGCAGGUCCCUGGGGGCUACCUGGCCGGCCGCUAUGGACCCAAGUGGCUGAUGGGCCUCGGGAUCCUGGGAACUGUCAUUUUUACGCUGCUCACCCCUGCAGCUGCUGACCUGGGUGCAAGCUACCUUAUCGCCGUCAGGGUGCUGGAAGGGAUCGGAGAGGGAGUGACAUUCCCUGCUAUGUACACUAUGUGGGCAGCCUGGGCCCCACCAUUGGAGAGGAGCCGACUGCUCACUAUUUCCUACAUUGGAGCCCAGCUGGGGACAGUAAUCUCUCUGCCUCUGUCUGGUGAAAUCUGCUUCUACCUGGAUUGGACCUACGUCUUCUACGUGUUUGGUGCUGUCGGCCUGGUGUGGUUCGUCCUGUGGGCCUUCCUCGUCUUUGACAGUCCAAACACUCACCCACGGAUAUCAGAGCGGGAGAGACUCUACAUCACCAACUCACUGAAGAACGAGCUGUCCACCUCAGCAGGCAACAUCCCCUGGAGAGCCAUAGUGACCUCCAGACCGCUGUUGGCCAUCGUGGUGGCUCACUUCUCCUACAACUGGACCUUCUACACCCUCCUCACCCUGCUGCCAACCUACAUGAAUGACAUACUGGGAUUCAGCAUACAGCAGAACGGCAUGCUGUCAGCUCUUCCCUACAUAGGCUGCGCUGUGAUGGCUGUGCUGAGUGGCCAGCUGGCUGAUUACCUGCGGGAAACGCUCCUCUACCCCACCGUCACUGUCAGGAAGUCCUUCUCCAUUGUUGGUAUGAUCGGGCCGGCAGUGUUCCUGGUGGCAGCAGGAUACACAGGCUGUAACUACACGCUGGCUGUGACAUUCCUCACCAUCUCCUCCGCUCUGGGCGGAGUGUCGGCGUCUGGCUUCAACAUCAACCACCUUGACAUCGCUCCUUCGUAUGCUGGUAUCCUCCUGGGAAUCACCAACACCUUCGCCACCAUCCCUGGCAUGGUGGGACCAGUCAUCGCAAGCGCACUCACCCAACAUAAAACCAUAGAAGAAUGGCAGAUGGUUUUCUACAUUGCUGCUGCCAUCAACCUGUUUGGAGCUGUGUUCUACACUGUGUUCGGCCGAGGAACGGUGCAGACCUGGGCCGUCCACACGUCCUACUCUCAUGGAGACUGAGGCUGAAGACAAGUGCCGGACGUGUCUGUUUGAUGAUUUAAAUUUUUCCAAUGGACAGGUCUCAAUCAUGGGCUUAAUUUAAUGGGUAAUCAGUGACAGAUACCUUUCCAGCUGCGCUGAUAAUUCUCAAAGCGUGACUAGCUAACAGUGAGUAACAGCCAUAAUACCCUCGCAGACGUUCUGUACUGUGACUGCAGGUACUACAGAGUCAGGUAAACCUUCAGUCACAGCAACAGAAGACUGAGAUUUUAUUGAAGUGAAUAUUUCUAGGAGGCAAAAAUAAUCAUUUAGCAGAGCAAACAACCACAGUAUGCAUCUCCAGGAAGUGUCAGAGGAGGCUGUCUUUAUAAAGGCAAGCACUCCUGACACUAGCUGAAAAAAAGGAAUGAAGCCAGUUAAUAAGGAAGCUACAGGUGUUGACAUUAUGAACACCACAGGAAAUAAGCUACAAGACAAAAUAUCCCAAUGUAGCUCCUCAGGUUUGCCAGUUAGUUAACUUGAUAAGCUCAUUUUUUAUUUCUGCCUCCAGAGCACUUUAAAGAUGUUUUUACCCUGCGACUCCACAGUACACCUUCUUGAGUUUUAAUGCCAUGGUUAAAGUCUGUCCUCUUUAGAAGGAUGUUUCCUUAACUGGUGUGUAUAAAGUUUGGGUUAACACAACAUGUGAAACUUAAACUAAGUGCCAAAUAGUUUAAAGUGUUUAAAGGAACGCCUCACCCCCAAAUCACCUUUUGUUUAUGAGUUACUCUGCCAGAGUCCUGUUGAAUGUGUGAAAAGGACUUUGUUUUUCCCACAUGCCUUCACUGAACGGAGGAUCCAAUAACAGACAAAAUUCUUGAUGAGUUGAAGUCAUAGAAUUUCGUCAGUAUCCUUUAAAGUACCAAUGGUGCGUUCAUUUUGUACUCGUAGGUCGGAAAUUCCCAGUUCCCAGUCGGAAGUUUAAACUCGAACGCACCCUGAGGUCGGAUUUCCAACUCGGAAACUCAACCGCAUCAACCCCGACUUACGAAUUCAUGAUGGCUGCCGGUCACAUACGUAGUGAGUAAACACUCUGCUAAAGUACUGUUUAUAGCAAUUCUGUCUUAUUUGUUUUACAUUAGGUCAGCCAUACCCAUAGUACUGUUCAAUUUAUAUCCGUGGGCAUGUUGCUAUGCUGUCUGUACGUGCAAAAUGCCACAUAGAGAAUUGUUAUCAACUGAUAUUGCUAACAGUGGCUACGGCUAGCCCAAUGGUAGAACGGUAACGUCCAUGUUUUUUUCUAAUCCAAUCCAGCUUUAUUUGUAAAGCACUUUAAAACAACCACAGAGUACCAAAGUGCUAUUAGUUAGUUAUUGGUUGACAACGACUUGUCCACCGUUGUCAGCUAGAAUGCAAAAACUGUUGUCAACUCGGAGUUGACAUCAUUCUCAUUUCCGACUACCCAACGCUUUUGAUCACCUGUCAGUACUUUCAAAUACUGAAUUACGCAUCAGGGAGAGAAUGUCAGGUUCAAACAGAAGACGGAAGUGCCUCGAGCCAGGAGUGGGACACUGAGCUCCUCAGCUUCCCAAAGAGCCAAAACUAUUGCUGUAGCGGUGAUCUGCAGUGAUAGUUUCAGUGUUUCUUUUUCUUUUCAUUUCAAGACACAAGACUUGACUUGUGCUCAGAGGAGAGCAAGACUGUGUCGACCUUGCAGCUUGCUCAAAAAAUACGUUCUUGUUAUUAAACAGAGAGUAAAGUACAGAGGAGAGACACUGUCUGGUGUCCAGGUACCAGCACCAGUAUCGGUUCACAUAUGAAUGGUACCCAAUCCUAGUAACCAUGUUUAACAAUAGCAAAACUUACCAUUUACAACAUUCACACAACUCAUGCAGUCAAAUCCAAGUUUCAUUUAUCCAGUCGUUUGCUCAGUACUCCUCAAACAUACAGCCCUUUCCCAAAUAGAAACUGAACUAACAGUGAAACUUUAUCUCUGCUCUCUUCAAAGCCAGACUCCAUUGAGAAAAACGGUCAUUUUACCUCACUGAACACAGGAGUUGCUGGUCUGUCGCUGCUGCGAUAAGUUAGUUUUUUUUGCGUCAUUGUGUGACUUUGGUGUUUUAAAGUGUUAGUUCAGAUUCACCAAAGUCU